AUGGUCAACACACCCAUCCCUGAAAGCAUGAAAGCACACAUGCACUUUGUUGCCGACUUCAAAGACUACCUCGCAGACGGUGUUCCCAUCCCCACCCCCCCGAGAGCAAUGCGUCAGGCUUUUGUCUAUACUCACAGCAUCUCUGUUCUCGCCGAUCAGGAUCAUGAGAGAGAUGUCAUGGCGUUAGAUUGUGUAGCUUUUUUGUGGAACCUGUCGUCGGCCAACCAUGUCGAUGGCGCUGCCCUGAUGCCCGCUCUUGCCGCUUUCAAAGACGAGAUCAUGGUGUCCCUCAACCGACUCACCAUCGAUCUGACGACGGUCAGGAAUGACAUGACCUCCGUCAAGACGGACGUUGCCUCGCUCAAGACGGACGUUACCUCGCUCAAGACGGACGUUGCCACGCUCAAGACGGAUGUUGCUUCCCUCAAGACAGACAUGACCGGAACGGCAAACUCGCGAUUGACCGCUGGUAGGCAGUCGAUGAUUCCUGUUCCGUCCACCAUACAUUCCGGAUCACAUCCACAGGGUGUACUUCGCACCGCGUAUCCAAUCACUUCUUACACUUUUGUUCAGUACCUUACCGUGCCUGAUUUGGACAUGUGGAUCGAAUGGUACGGACGUCAGGGUAACUGGAAAACGUCUGCACAGGAUCAAAAAGUGCUGUGGUUGUGCGCAUUUUUGUUUGAUAGUGAUAGUGUUAGGAUGGGUUGGGUAUUUAACCAGCGACCGGCGGUAUGCAGUAACCGCCGGUUAAUAGGCCUUUUAGCACAGUGGUUUAGACCGCUGCCUCUGAAGGGCACUGUUAUAUCGUCCCAAUGCUGGGCCCAAGGUGUCGAAGAGAUUCUAUGUUGA